AUGGCCGCCGUAGACGAGGUCCUGUCUGCCGUCUCAUUCCAUCGAUCAAAACUCUGCCUGUCAGACGAUGGAAUGGCGCAGAAGAUAGCCAAUCAGCAGAAGUCUUUCCAGAAAGCGCAAGUGGUGUCGCUGGCACUUUCGAGCUCUGUGAUGAGCCCGUCCAUGGCUGGGGCGUUCUUCGACCUUCGCGACCUGCCACUGCCCCCCACGAAUGCUACGACAGAGGUUGUACCCUGCAUGCGCAAGCUUCACCAGGCCUUAUCGCUCUACUGGUGUGAACUCGUCGCUGCCAUGCAGUUGACGCUUCAACCUGGCUACCAGCAAUCCGUGGACGCAGACCUCCAGCUUCUGGAACGUGAGGUCAAUGGCCUAAUAGAGGCGAAGAUGCAGGCAGAGGACGCCAAGGCCCAGGAUGAACAAAAGAGGCUCGGCAGCUUGAAGCAGUUCGCCGUGUCCUUGAUAGCCACAAAGAGUACUUCAGCUGCCUAUCGCAGAUCACCAAAGAAGCCAAAAGUCAAGACUCGCUCCGACAAGGCGACCAGAUCCACAGAGACUGUACUACCGUCAGCGGUCGACUCUGAAGCACCUCAAGAAGGGGAGACAUCCGGCGACAUCGCAGUGCGCUCGAGCAGCUUGCAAUUGUUCGAGAGGAUGUUUUCCCGCUUUGACGAAUCACAAGGCACCAUAGCAUGGGAUGACUUCGUUGGCCGUUGCAUUCGCAGAGACCCGGAACGGCAAGAAGGUUUUCGUGGUACAUCGCCCGCAUCCGGACUCAAGAGUCAAGCCUAUCAUGCUAAGAGAGAUCGGCAAGCGCUUGCAGAAGUGGUUUCAGUGGGACCAAGGGACCUUUGUGCAGAGGGCCAAGGAGGGUGA